UCACUCAGUUGUAGCGGACAUAAAAUCAGGACUAGAUUAAAUGAGAUUCUUUAUCAUCUCCGCCCUCCUCAUCGCCUCAGCAGCUGCUGAUGGCAUCGAGCAAUUCAAAAGCGAAGCUUUAAAAGGAAUUUCACAACAAGAUGAAAUUUACAGCCAUGGAAUUACUUUGCAAUGUGACUUUGGCAUGAUCCGUCACUACUGGGGUGAGAUGUACACAUGCAUCGCCCGAAAUCUUGUCACACGUCAUCAUUAUGACUACAUCAUGAAUGCCACUGGUGAUCAUAUGACUGGUAAGACUGACAAAGAUGUUGAAGCUGUUUAUAUCCUUGGUCAGAGAACUAGAUUCCUUCCAUACAACAUUUCAACACCAUUCAAUGGAGUUAAAGCUAUUCGAGUUGAAGGUUCCGGCUUAUUGUUCCUUAAUCGUACAUUAAAGUAUGAAGGACCAUUGGAAUAUCUCCAUUUGGAGAAUAAUUUAUUAAGAACAGUUCCAUCAUGGGCAUUCAGAGGUCUUACUAACCUCAAAUGGCUCUCACUCAGAAAUAAUCACAUUAAAUAUUUGGAAUCGACAAUGUUCCGUGACAUGAAAAGCUUACGUAGAUUCUCAGCGAGCAGCAAUCUUAUUGAAGUCGUUCCAACUGGUUUGUUUUUCUACACACCCGAAUUGGAGGAAGUGUACUUUUAUAACAACAAGAUCCGCAUGAUUGGUGGACGUUUGGUAGCUUCAUUGGGUAAAUUGAAGGUUGCUGUCUUUAUGGGCAAUCCAUGCACUCAAAUUUCAGUCUAUGAUGGUGUCAAUGUCAUCAGCAGAUUGUCAACUGAAUUUACAACAAAAUGUGGUGUCAAUUGUGUCAAGGCUGAAGAAGCUGCUCAAGAUCACAUCAAAGAUUUGAGAGAGGAAUUGCAAAAGAAGCAGGAAUGCAGUUCAGCUAUGAAUGAAGUUCAGAAACAGAGAGAGUAUCAAAAUAGAAUGCCAGCACAGCCACAAUUGUCAGCUGAAUCUCAGGAACAUUGAGAUGAAUUUUUGGUUGAUGA